AUGUCUGGUAAAAGUAUCUUCGUCACUGUCGGUUCUACCAGCUUUCAUUCUCUUACCGCUCUUAUCACAUCUCAACCGUUUCUUCAGUUGGCAUCAUCUUUACAUUAUCAUAAUAUCACAGUACAGCAUGGUACUGGUACUAUGGGUUUACAACUUGCAGAAACAAGCGACAUAAGAUUAGAAUCAUACGACUAUAAGCCAUCAUUGCAAGAAGACUAUGAAAGAGCGGAUCUUAUCAUCAGCCAUGCUGGCGCCGGAUCCAUCUUAGAGUCUCUUAGAUUAGAGAAACCCUUAAUAGUUGUAAUCAAUGAUUUACUCAUGGACAAUCAUCAAUCUGAACUUGCUAUCGAGCUACAUCAACAGAAAUACCUCAUUUGCACAUCAGUCAGUAAUUUACUUGAAACUCUAAAAUCAAGAGGCUAUGAAACGUUAAAGCCUUUUCCACGGCAUGACGAGCUAGCGUUUGCACGCAUUUUGGAUAAGGAAUUGGGGUUGAACUAA